GCCGCCAAUUGCCGCGAUGCAGACGCACCAUGUCCUACUAUGACGUUGACGCCAUUCUGACCGACGGGGAGAAAGUUCCCUGCCGGUUCGAGCUCGACGUGCCAUAUCUUGGCCAUCUCGACAACUCCAGCGGCCUCAAAGCAGGCACCCGCCUGAAUCUCCCCCUAUGGCUCGCCGAAAUGUUUGCCCUCGCCUCCGCAGGACAAGAUGCCUCGCCGCCACUCACGCUGAGCCUCCCGCCGUGCCUGUCCGAACAGGUCCUUGCCGCGCUCAAGGCCGAUCCCCGCGCCGUUGCCCUACGCGACCAGAGUGCAUACUUCUACGGCGUGGCAGUCCGGAUGCUGGAUUUAUUUGACGAAAAGGAGCUGAGUGCUGUUCUGCGGAACACGUUUAUCACCAGGGCAGCGGACGUGGGACUGCACGCGAGAAAGGCGGAAGAGACUGGGUUGGGGGGACAGGGCGAGGAGUUUCUGCGGGGCCUGGAUGAGUGGGAGAGGAAGCUGUUUCGGAGAGGACAUGAGGGUGUUAAGGGAGCGAAGGAGUGGACGGAUAAUGUCAAGAAGUCAUGAAGUGGGAAUGCUCUCGAUGAAAAUGAUACCCCGGGCA